AAAAAAAAGAGAGUCGUUAGUUUUCGCAAUUGACUAGCACUUUAGACGUCAUUGGGGUUGGCUAGUUGGUUCGUUCCUGGUCCACAGGCUUUUUACUCUUUGCUUUUGUUCUAAGUUUUCGCCAUUCAAAUAAAUAGCACCACAAUUUGAUUGACUCCUCCAAAAUAUUUAAUCCGAGAUCGAUCGAUUCAUUCCAUUCUAUUUUAAUUAAAAACGACUUGAGACUAACAUAAUGGAAGCUGAAGCGAAUGCCGUUAACAAGUUCCAGACGAGGCUGAAGGCUCACGCGCCGCCGUGUCUUUUGCUUGAUCAGAUCAUAUCAAUGGCCGCGGUAGCCGCCGAGCCUAAUUUCCCGGCUAAUUAUUCUGAGAGCGAUUCUUGCAAGGCGAUUCCAUUGCUAUCGCCGCUUAUUCUUUCUCCCAACACUGAUGAUGAUGAUGGUGAUCAGGAGCAAUUAGUUAAUGGGAAGGACACUAGUAUUGGUGGAGAUGAUGACGAUAUAUAUAAAGGGGAAGAUGAUAAAGAUGACGAUCAACGAGAGGACGGCGUAGUGGCAGAUGACGACGCCGUUACACCUAAGAAUGGGUGGCAAAAUCCGGCUGUUCCGAAUUUCGUUGAUCAAUCUUCCUUGUUUAGUUUCUUUCAAUCGCAGUGCAUUAUUGCCAACCAAGCUCCAUCAUAAUUAUGUUUUUUUUUCUUUAUUUCAGAUAUUUGUUUCUGAAUUGGUUUAUAAUUAUUAUUAUUAUUAUUUUAUUGUUAUUGUCUGCUUUUAGUUGAACUUCAUGCCUAUCUCUUUUUCUGUACAUAACUUAAUAAAUGUGUUUUUAGUGUGAUAAAUGUAUAUGUCAUACCAAUUACACAAAUCAUUGCAUUAGUAUAA